AAUGACGAAAAUUUUGCUCAUUUGUGAAUUGCGACUGCAACUGAGAGGAAAGUAAAGAAGCGGCAGCAGCAGCCAGAUAUCCGAUUUUCCACCGAAGAGAGAGAGAGAGAGAGAGAGAGAGAGUCCAGAAUUUCCCCAAGGAGGUCGCGUUUUUGCGUGCCCUAAGUCCACACCAUUUGAUUCCCAAGUCCUUCUGGGUUUGUUCGUCUAAUCCUUACUUUGAAAUUAGAUUGAAGUUGUAUUCUUCUGUUUAUAUUCAUCAGUAGCAGAAUGAUCAUCUCCAAUGGCGGCCCCGACCUCCCAUUCUUCUUCCACAAUCAUCAUUAGACCCUCAUCAUCUUCACCAUUCCAAUCCACCGCGACCCACCACCACCACCUCCACUCGCAUCAGCUGCCGCACCACCACCAAUUACCACCUCUACCGCUCUCUCUCGGACCUCCGCCGCCACCACCGAUUGAUCAUGCUACUCUCCGGCCGGUGGCGUCGUCGCAACCUGCUUUUGGUGGGGAGCCCAUGGGUGCGGCGGUGCCGCUGUCCCGAGUUCGGCUUGUAGACCUCGUGGCCUAUGACGGGGCGCCUACGCUUGUUUAUGCGAGGGCGAUUGAGGCGCUUUCGGGUUCGUUGAUGAGGCAUAAUGCGGCGAUCAUUGAGCUGGGAAGUGAAGAUACUGCACUGAUGAGGUGUGGGUUAGAGGCUGCCAGGUUGUAUUUUAGGAGUAGGGCCCAGAAUUCCGGCAAGGGGAGUCGAGGUGUCUAUAUUUACCGGGCAGGAAGGGCUUUGGAAGAUUGGGAUUCUUCACCCCCAUGCAUGGCUGAUAUUUUUAGAUGCAUGGGGAAGACAGCUCGUGCUGCUCUGUCUGCAAUAGCGAGGCAUCUUCGUUUGCGAACCGAUGUCUUUAACCAUUUACUUGAUGACAACCCAUUGCCUGCUAAUGAAGUAUCCUCAUCAGUGCUGGUUGCAACUUACUCCACUGUGUCCUGGCAAAAUAGCAAAGGUGAUGCUGGGGGAGGCAAGCCACCGCCAAGUGGAGAAGUUGAGAAGGGAUUGUUGACAUUGAUUUCCUCUGAUAGUCCUGGUCUUCAGGUUUGUGAUCCCAAUAAUCAUUGGUACCUAGCAGAUGGUGGAUCAGCUCCUGGGGAUCUUUUGCUUCUCACAGGCAAGGCUCUCAGCCAUGCCACUGCUGGCCUUCGGCCUGCGGCAUCAUAUAGGGCUUCCCCUGAUUAUUCUUCUAGCAGAACUAGUAGUGGAAGGACAUCAUUGGCAUUCAGGUUAGUACCACAGGGAAAUGCUAUACUAGAUUGUUCUCCUAUUGCGGCAGCUGGUCAUGUCAUUCCUCAGAGCUAUGUACCGAUCUCUGUUAGCCAGUUUAUGGAUGACCUUUCAGCUGAGGAAGAUGUAAUAUGCAACCGCUCGGAAAGUAAUAAUGUAGCUCGAGACAACUUAAAUAGGGAAUGGUCUUUGAGAAGCGUGCUCUCAGAUCCUUUGUCUGGUGCAUUCCUUGACGAUGCCAUGGUUGUUUCAUGUGGACAUUCAUUUGGUGGCGGUAUGCUGAAGAAGGUCAUAGAGACGUCAAGGUGCGCUCUGUGCAGUGCAGAAAUCGAGGGCAGUUCUUUGAUCCCUAAUCAUGCUCUGAGAGCUGCCGCUGCAACUGUGAAGCAUGAGGAUGAGAGGAGACUUUUUCACAAUGCAGCUCUUCGAAAACGUCGCAAAGAAAUGGUUGACCGCAUGGAUACAGCGAAGACACAAAACAGAGUACAUUAUUCAUAUAAAUGCGACAAUGGGGAUACUGGUGGUGAUGAUGGGGUACAGAAAGGGGUGCAGUAUCCCUUUGCAGUGAAUGAGAAAGUGGUAAUCAAGGGAAAUAGGAGAACACCGGAUAAAUUUGUUGGAAAGGAAGCAAUAAUAACUUCACAAUGUCUUAAUGGCUGGUAUUUGCUUAAGAUUAUGGGUACUGGGGAGAGUGUUCGCCUGCAAUACCGCUCCCUUCAGAAAAUUCUCAGCUCCCAAGCUGUUGACGAUAGGCGUUUGCCUCAACCAAAUCAAGAAAACGGCUGAUCAGAUAUUGCACGAACCCCCCAGCUUUCCACUUUCCUCUUUAGGGUAUAUUUAGUGAACCUUAACCUUGUCAGUUCUUGUUUGAAAUGAGAUGUGGCUUUCUUGUUGUUUGUAAAUAUACUUGGCCACUAAGGGAGUAGGUUGUUUGUAACCACUACAUGUUUUUGGACAGUUUAGUGUAAGAAUAGAAGAGAGAGGUUUGCCAGCUUCAUGUCCACAUUUGUGCUUUUGUUAAAGCACAAGCCAUGACACUGACAUACAUAUAUCUAACAGAUUGAAUGCAAGUAUAUGAAGGUUUUAACCAUGCAAUAUGCCUGUUCAAA